CUCCUGUUUAUGGUGUUUUCCCCUCCAGGAUCCUGACACGUGGCUGUUUUGGAGAGCCGUGGUGACUCCUGCAGCUCGCGGAUCCUGCUCGGGAGAGUCAGCCUUCAUCACACCGGCCUGGAUGGCAGGGACACACUGGAGCACAGACUGCAGAAACAACAAGCAUUACUCGUUGCAAGUGCUUUCUGGACCGUGGGACGGAUGAAAGGUGUAAGCUGUAAAAAGCCCAGCUGGGCUGUAGCUGCUCUGUUGAUCCCAGUCACCCUGCUGGUGCUGACCUCCAGGGGGGCCUUAAGUAGCCACAAGAUGACACAAACAGCUAUGGCUCAGGCCACAGCCUCGGUUGCUGGACCGGGCUUCGGCCUGACAGACGGACUCCCAGGCUACCGUGAAAUAUCGAACUUCUUAUCCAGCGAACAGGCUCAUGUCUGGCUCCUGUCCCUCGUGGGCUCUGUUGCUGUCGGCCUCACUGGGAUUUUACCUAUUCUGGUGAUUCCCAUUGAAGCUGGAGCAGCCCUCAAAUCAGAAGCUGGUGGUCAGAAGCUGAAGCAGUUGUUGAGCUUUGCUAUUGGUGGUCUCCUUGGUGAUGUAUUCCUUCACCUCCUUCCUGAAGCGUGGGCGCUCCCUGGCUCUUCAGCUGGUAAACACAACCACUACAUGACCCAGGGCUUGUGGGUAAUCGCUGGCCUUUUGGCUUUCCUUAUCCUGGAGAAGAUGUUCCCAGACCAAGACAGCAAGGAAGAAGAGGAGGAGGAGCCCACUUCCAACUCAGACCUGAACUCUAACAAUGCUCUGCGGUCUGAUGCAGCUUCCCAUGGAAAGGCAGCGGCAUCACUCAGAAACAGGCACCCUGCUGAGUCAUGGAAAUCCUCUAAGCAUCAGAGUCUGCAGGGAAGAUCAGAGAAGAUCAAGACGAGUGGAUACCUAAACCUGCUGGCCAACUGCAUCGACAACUUCACCCACGGACUGGCAGUAGCAGGAAGUUUUAUGGUUAGCAAAAAGGUUGGAUACCUUACCACCUUUGCCAUCCUGCUCCAUGAAAUCCCCCAUGAGGUGGGGGACUUUGCCAUCCUGCUGAGGGCCGGGUUCGACCGGUGGAGUGCGGCCUGCAUGCAGCUGUCCACGGCGCUGGUUGGUGUUUUGGGAGCUUGCUUCGCUCUGUGCGCUCAGUCGCCAAAAGGCACAGAAAAUGCCACUGCCUGGAUACUGCCUUUCACCUCGGGAGGCUUCCUCUACAUAGCUAUGGUGAACGUGGUGCCUGAUCUGCUGGAGGAGUCCAGUUUAUGGCAGUCCCUCCUGCAUGUCCUGCUCAUCUUCUGUGGCAUGGCUGUCAUGGCUGUGCUCUCUGCCAUUGUUGACUGAACACGGAGGAAAUCCCCCUCUCGCCUUAACCAAACACAAAAGCUCUCAACCAACCCCUCAUAUCUGGUACCUCUCAUUCCUAGAAACUUAACAUCAUGUUACACUACAAAGAAAAACAUCUGAUAGAAGAACGGCACUUUUUGGACGGACGACCCAAAGGAAAGCUUUUUUGAUCUGCUGACAGGACAUUUUAUUUGGACACUAGUCAAAUGUGCCAAUCUUAAACAUCCAUGAAGUGAAGAGGGUUUGUAUGAAUAUUUUAUGAAAUUGUCUUCUAUUGGUGAUCAGACAAUCAUGUUGUUUUGCACAUACAUUUACACAGGUACAGCUGAUGUGCCGGUAUAACAGAACAGGUAUUAUUAGACAGCUACAAGGACAACCUCCUUUAAAAAGUAUUCAAACCUAAAUUGCUUAAACUUUGUAUGUAUUGUUACUGUUACUUUUAAUGUAUCUGCUGAAUAUUUAUUGAAAAUAAGACAAGUUAAAUAUAGUUUAUUCAGACGUGCACCCCCACAUUACAUAUGUUUGUAUUGAGAAAUAAGUCAGGAUGGCCUGUUACAAUAAUGUCAGCUCUACUCCAAACUAGUUUUUUGUCUGUUUUUGUAUUUUUCUCACACGAGUGGUCUGCACAUUUCUGAUCUUUUACUGAAUGAAUAAUUGUGAUCAAGUUAAAAUAAAUAAAAUACAAUUAUAUACUUAUA